AUGCUAUCCACAGCAGGAGUAGCAUCACCAGCUAUUCCAACUUUUGGACAAUUUCAGGUACAGUGCCCCGAGUCCUUUACAUUUUCUACGCCUUUGGAGUGGCCAAAAUGGAGAAGACGCUUUGAAAGAUUUAUGCGGGCAUCUGGGUUAAGCGGCAAAACAGAUGAAGAACAAGUCAACACCUUCAUAUACAUCAUGGGAAGCCAGGCAGAAGACAUUCUACUUUCCUUUGGAUUAACCGAUGGUGACUCGAAGAAGUUUUUAUUGGUUAUGGAGAAGUUUGACAAUUAUUUUGUUAUCCGCCGUAAUGUCAUUUAUGAACGCGCCAUGUUCAAUUCAAGGAAACAAGAAGAAGGUGAGCCGGUGGACACAUUUAUCACUUCGCUUUACGCAUUGGCCGAACACUGCAAUUUCGGUGCACUACAUGAUGAACUAAUACGUGACCGCAUUGUAGUUGGAGUAAGAGACCACAAACUAUCUGAAAAAUUGCAGAUGGACAAUGCUCUAACGCUCGAGAAAGCCGUUCAACAUGCGAGACAAAGCGAAGCCGUCAAGCGGCAGCUGCGUGACCUUGCGGGAGACAGUCAGGGAAAAGCUGUCGAUUUUGUCGCAUCAACAUCUAAAUCAAGCUACGAUCGACAUCAAAAACAAGUUCCAGUGACAGUAAACGUCAAGAUAUUCGUGCAUGGCGAUGUAGGUGGUGCGCAGAAAACAGUUAAGCAAGUUAUAGCCGAACCAGACAACAAUGCGGCAAACUUUCUCGGAGCUGUGUCAGCCAAUGUAACAUUCAACGAUGCCAAAAAUCGCAGCAAAAGAUGGUCAGCUGAGGUAGCUGUGAAUGAAUUCUACACUCCAGGUAAGGAUCUGAUAGCAGCAGAUGCACUUAGCCGCCAGCCUUUGCAUGUGAAAGAUAGCGAAAACAAGCUUGAAGAAGAAAUUUUCGCACACGUAAACCUGGUGAUCGCGCACAUUCCUGCAUCUGAUUUGAAAAUAGAAGAAAUCUGGACCGAACAGCAGCGCGAUUUAACUCUUAGCAAAAUCGCCUCCUAUACAUUGAAUGGGUGGCCAGAAAAAAACAAACUACCCAAUAUUUUGCAACCGUACUUUGCAGUUAGAGACGAAAUUGCCAACGAGAACGGUUUGCUUAUGCGUGGCUGCCGUCUCAUCAUACCUGCAUCGAUGCGACAAGACAUUCUCGGAAGACUUCAUGCUGGCCAUCAAGGAAUAACAAAGUGUCGAGCAAGAGCUCGUGAAUCUGUCUGGUGGCCAGGCCUUUCUACAGACAUUGCUGAGAUGAUCAACAGAUGCAGUGUUUGCAUCCAAGAAACAAAAGGAGUUAGAGAAAAAUUAAUGCCAUCGGACUUUCCAACACGUCCAUGGCAAAAGGUAGCUAUGGAUCUUUUCAAAUGCCAAAGGCGCUGUCCCCACUUUCCACAAAGCAACGGAUUCAUAGAGGCUGCAGUAAAAAUUGCCAAACUACAGCUCAAGAAAAACGCCGAUCCAUACAAAGCCUUGUUGGAAUAUCGUGCAAGCCCUUUAUCCAACGGCUACAGCCCAGCAGAACUUUUGAUGGGCCGCCGCAUCAGAUCAACACUACCUAUGGUGCCAAAACGCUACGAGUCAAAAGCAGUCGAUUACAAUGACUUAAAAAGAAAGGAGGAUGAUAGAAUAGAAAAACAAACACUAAACUUUAACAACAGACAUCGUGCCGUGCAGAAACAUGAUCUUAUUCCCGGAGAAUUUGUUUGGGUACGAGAUAAACGAGUGUGGGCUACAGUUCGUGAGAAGACCAAGCACCCUCGUUCUUACAUCAUCGAAACUCCGACAGGAAAACUACGUCGUAACAGCUUUCAUCUAACUCGAGCUCACCGAGCAGGAGAGAUAAUCGAUGAAACAGAAAAUGAUAUUCCAGACAUCACAACUCCAAUGAAAUUGCCAUCAGCUUCAUCGCCAGAGAAGACAUCAUCGCCGAUCACAUCAACGCAAUUCUCAACACCCUCUUCGUCACCUUCACAAUCAUCAGUACCAUCGUACGCGUCAGCAUCGUCAACUCAAUCGCCAUUAUCGUCAGCAUCGAUUCCUUCGUCUUCUGGGCCUACAAGUAGAAGUACCGAUAACCAAGGCUACCUGACUCGAUACGGCCGGCUAGUGAAACCUGUCGAUCGUUAUCAAUACUGA